UGUGUGCGCGCGCGUGUGCCACACCUGUGUGGGAUCAGUGAGCUCCACUCUUGACAUAACAGCGUGUCUGUGUGGCGUACAUGUCGGUGUGCACCCGGUCUUCUCCUAGUGUGUGUUCGAGUCCGUGGGCGCGCACGCUCGUGUAUUUUUCCACUCUUCCACGGCGGCCUCGUCAAUUAUGUACGACCCUCUCGAUUCAUUAACAGCUCAUUUUGCGCGGCUCCUUUAUAAUUUAUGGCCGUGUAAUCGCAGCCGCGGCGACUCGUGUGGUCAGCCAAGUGAAGCCGUCGACGCAGGGGCCACUCGGCGGGCACGCAACUUUCAGACCUCUCGCUCUCCCUGCCUCGAGCCAAUGAGCCUUUCUGCCGGGGUGCAGUCGGCAUGUUUGCGGCAGCGACUAAGAACUUUGUGAAGCAGGUGGGGGAUACGGGGCGGCUGAUCCCCGUGCCGAGUCUGAGCGAGGCCGACCGCUACCAGCCGCUGAGCCUGGUGAUCAAGAGGAAGCGGUGCAGGCUAUGGAAGAAGAUGAAAUACUCCUCGACGCCGUUCAGCCUGAAGGACAUACUGGUGGGGGAGAAAGACAUAUCAGCAGGUGUUUCUUCUUACCAGCUGCUCAACUAUGAGGACAAGUCGGAUGUCGCCUUGAAUGGCAGGCUGGGAAACGACCUCAUCAACGACGUUGGCUUCAACAUCACCGGCUCCGACUCUGUGGCUGUCAAAGCCUCCUUUGGAAUUGUGACGAAGCAUGAGGUGGAGGUGCCCACCCUGCUGAGGGAGCUGAGCACACGGAAAGCGGACCUCGAGCACUGCCUGAUCCGACAGCUAAAGAGCAGCGGCCGUGCUGUGCUGUGUGUCGUCAUGGAGAGCAUCCGCACAACCCGCCAGUGCUCCCUGACUGUCCAUGCUGGCAUGCGAGGGAAAACCAUGAGGUUUCAGAUUGACGACGGGCGAAGCCAUAAAGGUCGUGACAAAGCCAUCAUCAUCCCCGCCCACACCACCAUCGCCUUCAGUGUCUUUGAGGUUUUUGUGCGACUGGAUGGACGCUUUGAGCUUUGUGUCACAUCCGAGUCGAGUGGGGGCUUUGAAAAGGAGCAAAUCCGGGAGCAGCUUGGAGGAUUUCUCGGCAGAUUUUCUGUUGGCAGGCUGAGGAGAUUUUUAUCGGGGAUCAUUUAUGGAAACCCCUUCCGAGCAGAUGACAGGACAUUUGAAGAAGUGGCAAACUCCGACACCUACCUGGAUGACCUGGUGGCCGACUACUACGAGAAGGCAACGAGCCUGACGGACAUUUCCACCGGCUACCUGCGUGACGGAGCUCACACCCGCAUCAACCUGCUCAACCACAACAUUCCCAAAGGACCGUGUGCCCUGUGCGGGAUGGGGAGCCUUCGGCGGGAGACCGUCUACGGGUGCCUGGAGUGCACCUUCAAUGGGCUCAAAUACGUCAGGCUGCAUGCGGUGCCCUGCUUUGACCUGUGGCAUAAACGCCAUGCCUGAGUGGCUCGAUGACAAGUGUGUGGGUUUGUGUGUGCAAUCCUGGGUGACUCCGUAGGUGCGGGUACAGAGACAUUCAGAAAAAGACUGGAGAGCGGGCAACACUGUAGAAUCAGAAA